AUCAGUGACCACCCUACCAUUCCCCCUGUACAAAGGUAUCCUACUCUUGACCUAAAGUUGACCGGACGCCAUGGCAUCCUACCAGGCUACGCAGCGGUCACAGCUGGAGAUUAAACGGGAGGGGGAGGCGUUAGGUUACGCGGGGACAAAGCUUUUAAAAUGGGUCAGGGAUGAGGUGGACGCGGAACGGGCUAGGGUAGACAGGGAACGAGAAUUUCAGCAAGCAGAGUGGGCUAGGGACAAGGAAAAAGAGGAGCGUCAAAUUCAGCUGUUAGAGUUGGAAAUUAAACGAAUAGAGUUAGCGAAUCGUAGCAACGAGUAUGUGGGGAAGGGGGAGGAGCAAAUAGGUGUCGGAUCAUCGAAGGUAACACUACCAAAGUUUGAUGGGGUGGCCGAUCACCUAGACUUUUUUCUCCUUCGUUUUGAAGAAGAGGCUAGGCAAAACAGAUGGAGGCAAGACUGCUGGAGUAAUGAGCUCCGCAAAUUAAUGCCGGCAGAACUAUUGCCAGUGUGCUUUAUGGGACACAGAGCGGAAGCAAAAGCUUCCUACGAGGAGAGCACCCACUUUCAAUGUAGGGUCUACUAUGCACAGCUAUUCAAUUGAAUGUACCAACCGGCCAGCUUGGGGCUAAAACUUAGUACAGAGGUCUGUGGGUGAGGAAGUGUGACCACGCCGCCCUGGAGACCAGUCGCCCCUUCCAGGCUACUUUAAAUUGUAUCGUUAUU